AGCCGCUUAAUUACCUAGUUUUAGUUGGUAGAAGAAAUUGUACACUCGUAGUCUCGAAGCGGUAGUGAAAGCCAAAGCUGAGUGUUAAGAAAAAAUCAGCCCACAGGUGAAAGUUCAAUUUCAAAAACUUCUUAUACUCAUACGUAGCACAAUGUCACAGUCAAAAUCGGCGAAACCAAAACAAGAGCAAGGCUUCCUAACCAAAGCCUACCUCUUCGGUUACAAUGCAUCACAAGUGGUCGGUUGGAGUUACAUCCUUUAUCAGCUCGCUAACUACUACUUCAUUGCCGGACCGGAAUUCCGGGCUAGCAUUACCCUGUGGGACUACACAAAGUUGGCAGUGAUCGUUUUCCAGAAUGCCGCAGCAGUGGAAAUUGUCAACGCCUCAUUGGGUUUGGUCAAGAGUAACCCAGUGAUAACAACGUUCCAGGUCCUGAGUCGAAUGAUGGUCGUCAUCGGAGUGGUUAUGGCCACUCCAACAGGUAAAGUGUCACCUGGUCUGCCAAUUGCCCUCCUCGCCUGGGCUGUUACCGAAAUCAUUCGUUACGGCUACUAUGCCCUGAAUAUCGUUAAAUUGGUGCCACACAUCGUGGUUUGGCUGCGUUACACAACCUUCAUCGCUCUCUACCCAAUCGGAGUGACCGGAGAAUUGCUGUGUUUCUGGUGGGCUCAGAGCUAUGCCCGAACAAACAAAGUGUGGUCAACGGAAAUGCCCAACAGUUUGAAUGCAACAUUUUCCUACUUCUACCUUCUGUGGAUCGUCAUGCUCCUGUAUAUCCCCCUAUUCCCUCAGAUGUAUUUGCAUAUGUUCGCUCAACGCAAGAAGAUCCUAGGUGGCGGUAGUGCGGCAAGCUCAUCGAAAGACAAAUCGAAGAAGACUCAUUAAUUAUUAUUCAGAUUCAGCGACGAAUUAACAUGAGUUCAAAGUCUGAACCCUAAAACGGGUUCGUUACCAUUUCUAAUAUGCUAAGUAGAUAUUUUUGUUCAAUUUUCUUAAUUUUUGUUUUGUAAUUUGUAUAAAUAAAACGUACAAAGGUGUGAAUUAUUGGUUUUUGAGAACUUUA